CUGGGCAACCACUAAUCUACCUUCUGGAUUUACUUAUUCUGGACUUAAUAUAAAUGGAAUCAUAACGAUAAAUCAAUUGUAUAAUCAGCUCUGUGAGGAAUUAUCAUACCUAUUUCACAUAUUUAAAAAAUGAAGUUCAGGGAGGUCAGAUCACCGCCUCAGGUGGUGGGAGGGAAACUGAAACCCGCGUCUGUGCUGAGAACCAAGUGAGGUGACAGUCCCCCGCCUCCCAGCUCUGACAGCCCAACCUCAACCGAUAAUGUGCAGUGCCUUCUACUGACUAAGGUAGGGGAACGCAUAACAUAUUUUAAGAAAUAUUUACCUUAAAACUAGGCUUUCAAAUAGGUUUUAUUGUUCUAAAAAAAAUGUCAUGUUAGCCGUGACCCAGAGCCUAAGAGAGGCUCCACUUCAGUGUUACCAGCUGUUGGCCCUUGGCGGCCACCUCUCUGCCAGUCUAUGGCACAAGCAUGAGUAAGAUAAUGUUUCAAGCGGACAAAACUGUGGGCUUCUAUAAAAGAACAACUUGUAAUUUUUUCAGCUUCUAUUUUCAUCAAGGAGAACUUUUGGACAGUACAGCUCCCAUGGUUACCCAUCAGUAUGCUCUGAGACAGGAAGAAGAGCGGUGACAGAUGUUAAUGCUGCAUCAAAACAGAGCGAAAAUGAGUUAACAGAAGAACCUUCCCCGUGUGGACCAAAGUCAGAAAUCUCAGCAUCCCAGCUGCAACUAGCGUAAGACAUAGCUUCCCUGCUCUCUGAAAUUCAAAUUUUUAGUUUCUUAGCAAACAUCAAAUGAUAAGCUGCCUUCUAAGAAGAAAGAAUUGGAGGAGAUUAUGAAAACUAGGCUGAAUGACAAACCAAGUACUUUACUUGGUUUAAAUGACAGAUGGGUCUCAUUUUUCAUAUUUGCUACAUUACCUAAUAGUGAAAAUUUAACUGGAUACCUUAAGAAGCUCUUUUAAAAACACAACUCCAUAAACUGUCCAAUGGCAUUUUUCUUGCUGAACAAACGACCUUCAAUAAUCAUUAUAUUGGCGCUCCCGCCGCUCGGGGAUGGGUGUGUGGGGCGGGAAGAUGGGAGCGGUGAUGGAGGAUGGGGGCGGGGAGGGCGAACUCUCGGAUUCCCGGGCGAGAUCUGGGGUCCUGCAGCAGGCUGGGUGUGGAGAGGCUUCCAGGGGAGGCACGGGGUCGGGCCGCCUCGGGCUGGGGUGUGAGGGGACCAGGAGGGGCCGAGUUGGGCGGGGGGUGGCAAUCCUCGGAGGUUCCAGUUUGCCAAAGGGCGCAGUUUGACGUUUGGCGUGUGGAAGCCUUGGGAAGCGGCCCCGCGCCUCGGGUCGGGGUUUGGGUAAAUGGUAACGGGGCGGUGUGGGUGUGUGUGUGUGUGCGCGUGCGCGGGUGUGUGCAGAGACCUUCUUCUUCCCCCUUGGAGAAACUUCAGCGACGGAAGAGUAGAUAAGCUUUGGGUGAACGAGACGAAGGAGUAGAUGAACUUUGGGAUGCCCUGGACGGGAAGAACGGGUAAGCUUUGGGGUGCAGUUUGGUGGGGGUUGAAUUUAGGGGAGAGUCUCUUAGAAGGUCAAGGCCCUGACCUCGGAAUAGGGUUUGGGCGAACUGGGGAGCUGGUUAAAGACCUAGAUCUUAGGUUACAAAAAAUUAGGACUUGGGAUUUGGUGAUGGGAAGGGGUACGUGGGGCAGGUCUGGGACAACUGGGCGUCAGAGCAGUCCGUGUCCCAGGGCGGAGCUCGGGUAUGCGGGCAGAGGUAUGAGGACUGUGGGAGAGUUGGGGUGGGGUGGCGUCAGGAGCCCCCUGAAGUUCGGAGGGCUCCUGGAGGGUGAGCCAGCCCCUCACGGGUUCUUUGUGCCUCCCCAGCUCGGUAGUGCAGCAGGCAAGGCAGGUGCCAUGGCCCUGACAGUGGGUGAUGAGGUGACCAUCCUUUUCGCGGUGCGUGCCUGCCUUCCGGUGCUGGCUCUCGCCUGGGCCUCAACACACACUGCCGAGGGCACUGAUCCACUGCCCCAGCCGUCAGGGACCCCAACACCGACACAGCCCAGAGAAGCCAUGGCGGUCACCGACGGCAUCAGAGGGGAGGCCCCAGGAGCCGAGACCCCCAGCCUGAGACACAGAGGUCAGGCUGCACAGCCAGAGCCUGGCGUGGGGCUCCCAGCAACGCCGCCGCCUCCAGACCCCCCCCAGGAGCCCCCAGUACUACGGCUGAAAUUCCUCAACGAUUCAGAGCAGGUGGCCAGGGCCUGGCCCCAUGACACCAUCGGCUCCCUGAAAAGGACCCAAUUUCCUGGCCGGGAACAGCACGUGCGACUCAUCUACCAAGGGCAGCUGUUAGGAGACGACACCCAGAGCCUGGGCAGCCUUCACCUCCCUCCUAACUGCGUUCUGCAUUGCCACGUGCCCACUCGGGAGGGUCCCCCACACCCACCCCGCCCACCGGGGUCAGAGCCAGGCCCCUCCGGGCUGGCAGUAGGCAGCCUGCUGCUGCUGCUGCUCUGGGACUGCCAGAUCCAGUACCGGCCCUUCUUUCCCCUGACCGCCACUCUGGGGCUGGCUGGCUUCGCCCUGCGCCCCAGUCUCCUGGCCUUUGCCAUGUUCCGCCCGUAGUGCCUCCACGGGCUCUUGGCAGUGUUGCUGGCCCCUCCGGACCUUGCUCCCCAUGACACGGUGGGAGCUGCUGUCUGCCUAGGCCUGCCUCUCCGACCUGCCUCUUCCCACUACCCUGGAGCCCAGCCCUGUGCCACAGAGCACUCCAGGGGCCAGUGGAGGCCCCUCCCUGUGACCAUCCCCCGGGGCAGCUGGCCCUCAGCACCCACUAACAGUCAGCUCCUCUGGGUCAGACAGCUGCUGUUGCUGCCCUGGCGCUGGGCAGAGCCGGGCCACGCCCCUGGGCCCUUCUUAGUGUUCUGCCUGACAGUCCAGCCACUCUAGUCCCUGACAGCUCCUUGGGCUGAUUUAGGGACUCAAGGACUGUGAGGGGCUGGAGAAGGGGAGCUGGGAAGGGUGGAGGGGGUUCUCUGGAACAUGUGCAGAUUAAAUAACUGUGAAGUUUAAAAAAGAGAAAAAUCAUUGUAUUCUCCCAGGCUCGACAAAUUUGUUAGGCCUAAAUUGUGACUUCAGGUUGUUGGAACAUCUCAUUUCAUUAUUUUUAUGGGCUAUGAGCAGAGAAAUGAGGUUUAUAUUAAGCUUAAAUCUUAAAGGGAAGUAUUUUUUAAUGUCAGGCUUAGCAUUUAUAGGGCCGCCUUUAAAAUAGUUAUCCAUUCUGUUAGAAAACUAAUCUCUAGUACUUUGGUAAACAUGUUUACAUUAUUUCAAAAAUAAACAGCUCUCACGGUUGAAAAUUAACGACUGAGUGUCCUGGUUGCUGUAAGUCAGCACGAUGCGAGGAAGGCAAAACACAUGGUAGUCACUGUAUCAAAGUGAUUAGUAUGGCAGUGGCAAGUCUCUUGGAAGUAAUUUAUUCUUAAAAUGGAAUAAAACGCUACUGUAAUUUUUACUCUGGUUCAAAUAAACGUGCUAAUAAAAACCUGAGAAUGAGCUAUAAUUAAUAGUUCUAUGAAAUGUGCUGCCAUGUGCGAUAUGAAGGCGGUACAAUA